GCUUAUCCCUCCCCACUCAAGGUGCGGCCAAGGAACAGGUGCGUGAGGAAUACCUGAGAGACCCCAGAGAAGAUAACAAAGCAUUAUACUCUACUAACUUAUUUUAGGGGGUGAAGAAACACCACUUCCUGAGUGAAUUUAUUAAUAAUCGAGCCAUCUCCUUUGGAAGCAACCAAAAAGUUUGCAACCAAAGCCGUCAGAUUUUGAGGAGAGAAGGAUUUCUGUUUUAGUGGCAGGUGGACGUCGUCGCCUUUGUUGACUCCAAUCACAUCGCUCAAGGACUUUGAAAUGGCCAACUCGGGUUUGCAGAUUUUGGGCUUCGUCCUUUCCCUAAUAGGCUUAAUUGGACUGAUAGUUGGCACCAUUAUGCCCCAGUGGAAGAUGUCUGCGUAUGUCGGGGACAACAUCAUCACAGCGGUGGCCAUGUACCAGGGACUGUGGAUGUCGUGCGCAUUCCAGAGCACAGGCCAGAUCCAGUGCAAAGUCUACGACUCAAUCCUGCAGCUGGACAGUGCCCUCCAGGCGACUCGCGCCCUCAUGAUUGUAGGUAUCAUCGUAACAGCGGCUGGACUGGGUGUAGCCUGCAUGGGAAUGAAGUGCACCAACUGUGGAGGAGAUGACAAGACACGCAAGUCUCGCAUUGCCAUGGCGGGUGGCGUCAUCCUUCUGAUUGGAGCCUUGUGUGCCAUAGUUGCUUGCUCUUGGUUUGCCCACAACAUCAUCCAAGCAUUCUACAACCCAUUCACCCCUGUCAACACCAAGUAUGAGUUUGGCGCGGCCAUCUUCAUCGCCUGGGCUGGAGCCUUCUUGGAUGUAGUCGGGGGUGGCAUGCUUGCAGCAUCCUGUCCCAAGAGCAAACCCACACCAAAGUACCCCAUCUCCAGACCCCCCAGCAGCAAGGAGUACGUCUGAGCAGGACGGGACCCACUGUCCACUUGCUUGAAGGAACGCGUUCACAUUUGUACUUGGUCCAGCACAAAGUAAUAUUGCUGCAAGGUUUAUCUGUUUGUUUGUUUUUUACUUCAUGUUUUUAAUUUUUUUCAUUAAAGACGCCUACCCCGCGUUGUUGAUAUGUAAGAUUAUUAUUUUAAACAUAAAAGCAUUAAAGUUUUAGAUAAUGGCUCAUGUUUACCUCUGUCUAAAGAAGAGCAGAUCACAAAGACAUGCUAGUCUGAUUUGUGUGCAGUGCCUGCUGAUUUGUACUCUGUUUUAGUAUACUGACUUCAAAUCAGCUUAGUUGACAUGUAUAAUAUACUAACUGGAAAUUAAUGUGAAACUACCUGCAGUGGCAUGUGAUUUUAUGUAUUCAUUACACAUUUUUUCAUAUGCUUCAUGCUCCAGUGUACAGUAUGGCUGGUAUAUUGUAAGGAUUGUAUAUGCUCUGAAUUGUAAUCACGGAAAAAGACAGCUCUCAUACUGAUGGACAGGCCAGUUACAUAAUUCAGACUUAAUCAGUUGGCAUGGUGCAAUAUUCCCACCAUUGGGUCCAUGCAGCGGUGCUUUAUUUAUAUGAACCGUACAAUUAAUUCCCACGGUAGACUGUUUUAAUCAAGUGCUUGAACCAGAUGGGAACUCUCCAUUGUGCUUUACAAUAAAACAGCCUCCUGUAAUUCAAAUUGCCAAAGUUGAUGCCGUCUAAUACACAGCAUGACCGAUGUGGUGAGCCACUUGUUUCCUCCUGCUUUGUCGUAAUUAUGCGUGUCAGUGAAAGGGCUUGGGGUUUCUUGAUGCUGCUGCUGGUAGUUUCACAGUUACUGUUGCCACACUAACCAGUUUCCCUUUUAAAUAUGUUCUGUGUGCAUGUGUAUGGUGUGCAAUUUUCAUCAUGUACAUAAAAUAAAAUCAGAAGUUGCAUUGUU